AACAAGAUGAACUAUGAUGACUACAACUUUUUUCCAAACUAUCAACAACCUCCAACUGAAAUAACACCGCCUCUCAGUAGGAGAACCAAUCGAAAGCAGCAACAACCGACGCAGCUUGGGGCAAUUCCAGUCAAACGAAGCGAACCACGACAGUUGAGAAGAACAACAACAGCAGCGCUACCCGUCAAAAGAAAUUCAGCAAAACCAAAAACGCUUAAACCAACGCCUCAAACCAAAAAAAUCACGCAACCCAAAAAACAAGGGACAGAAGUUUCCUCUUCAAAAAUCAACUGGACGACUGUUCUUAUAUGGAUUUCAAUAGGAGUUCUGCUCCUCAUCAUUAUUGCGGUCGCCUGGAUUUUGCAGUCCGAGAUUUCAAAGACGAACACAGUUUCAUCUUCCGUUUUCAACAACGCAGGCUAUCCUGUAGUUCUGUCACCCAAUGGACCAGACUCGGAAGGAAACUUUGGACCGAACACUCCCGGAACAAAGACUGGAGGUCUCGCUGAAGCCAUCAAAUACGCGUACGACAAGGCUCUUUCAAAAACCAGUGAUUACGGUCCAAGUGUAGUAAUGCUACCCAUCUUGGUGAAACAAGGAGUGUACGAAAUAUCGGAACCCAUAAAGUUGCCAGCACCUUCAGGAAGUAAGAACACUCUUGGUUUCUAUUUAGUAGGACAGCCUUAUUCAGUUCUAUUGGCAAGUUCCUCGUUUCCCUCAGGGAACUGGAUGAUCGACUGCAAUGGGUACCAAUUUACUCAUUCCGUCCUUUCCGGAAUUCAAUUUCAAACAGUUAAUACGGGAGUAAAUGGUAUCAAAGCUUCCAAUGGAAAGUACAUAGGAGGCAGCAUGCAGAAUCACUACUUCCAAUUAAGGUUCUGGAAUUUCGGAACAGAUAUGGACUUAGGAUACAAUGAUGACUCUUUCAUUGAAGAAUGCCAAUUCAACAAUACAGUAGUGGUAGACAGCCCGAAUGGACAAAUUCAAUUCCGCAACUGCGUGCUAGGAACCGUCCUGAUCAAAAACAUACAGCAACUCACUAUCACAGGAGGUCUCUUAUACGUUGUGAGCGUACAAGACUCAGUCUAUUACAUGUUGCAAGUCACAGAUUGCUAUUGGGCAAAUGGAGUAGGAUCUAUUGCCAAUCGUUUGGAAGGGAGUGCAUCUGGAGCUAGCAUCGACAUACUUUCCUGCAAAAAUGUGCUUUUUGCCAAUGGAACAAACGAGAAUAUUAUCAAUACCAAUCAGUUGACAAUAAACACCAUUCAAAUGGAUACCGUCUAUGUAGCUGUGUAUUCUUCUACUUCAGAACCAGCAGACUGCAGAAUCGCUUCAAAAGUCGAACGAAAAAAACCUGGAAACCUUUCUUUCAGACAUUGGGCAAAUCUCAGUGAACACAACAGUCCAAACGGACUCAGUUAAUUUGUCUAACAUUAUGACUGCAAUUAUUAAAACGGCUUGUUCCAUA